CCACUGCACCACCCACCACUCGCCUCACUCCUCGCCCUGCUGCUGCUGUCCUCCCUGUCAUGCACCCAGUCAAAAACUGCGCUAACCGCUAACCGCCCGGCCAGCCUCACCGCCGGGCUUACCGCGUCACCGUCCUACAUGGAGCGCCAGCAGCAGCUCGGCAAUGGCGGUGAAAACGCGGACGACGACGACGACACCGCGGUAACCGGGCGGGCGUGCAGCGGGCGAUCGAGUCAAGUGGUCGGACCGGACGGACCGCCGAUCCGAGCUAGCAAGACCCACCGCCACCCGCCUUAUCUCCCCUCACCCUCUCUCUCCCUGCGUCCACGGAUCCGUCCUGCUCCUUGGCCUCUUGCCAUUUACUACUCCGUAGUAUUUAGACGCCGUGCAGGUGGCCGGCCGGCACGGAGAUCGAUCGGGCGAGCGAGCGCCAUUGCCCUGCCAACCCCGUCGUUUAGGUGGGCAGCAGUGAGUGAGUCAGCGAGUGAAGAGCGACCUCUGCUGUGUGGGGCUGAGGUAUGGCGGGGCUGAGGACUCUUGUUGCGGGGCUGUGGUUCUUGGCGGUGCUCCGGCUGGGCGCGGCGGCGGAUGCGAGGGUCGUCGGAGUGGACGGGCGGCGCGCCAUUGCGUCGACGGGGGAGGACUUCGUGUGCGCCACCCUCGACUGGUGGCCGCCGGAAAAGUGCGACUACGGCACCUGCAGCUGGGGCCGCGCCUCCCUCCUCAACCUGGAUCUCUCCAACAAAAUCCUGCUCAAUGCCAUCAGAGCCUUCUCGCCGCUGGUGCUCCGGCUGGGCGGCUCGCUGCAGGACAAGGUGGUGUACGGCACGGCGGACCAUGGGGGGCCGUGCGCGCCCUUCGCCAAGAGCGAGUCGGAGAUGUUCGGCUUCACGCAGGGCUGCCUGCCCAUGCGCCGCUGGGACGACCUCAACGCCUUCUUCCAGAAGUCCGGGGCCAAGAUCGUGUUCGGGCUCAACGCCCUCAACGGCCGGGUGCCGCUGCAGGGCGGCGCCAUGGGAGGGGCCUGGAACAUCAGCAACGCGGCGUCGCUCAUCCGCUACACCGCCGGCAAGGGCUACAAGAUCCAUGGCUGGGAGCUCGGGAACGAGCUCAGCGGCUCCGGCGUCGGGACCAAGGUGGGCGUGGCGCAGUACGUCAAGGACGCGAUCGCCCUCAAGACGACGGUGGACAGCGUGUACCGGGGCAGCCCGGAGAAGCCGCUGGUGCUCGCGCCCGGCGGCUUCUUCGACGCGGCCUGGUACAGCGAGCUCAUCGCCAAGACCAAGCCGAGCACGCUCAACGUGGUGACCCACCACAUCUACAACCUGGGGGCAGGGGUGGACACGCAUCUCGUCGAGAGGAUCCUCGACCCGGCGGCGCUCGACGGGAUGGCGAGCCCGUUCAGGGAUCUCCAGGGGCUGCUGAGAGCCGCAGGGACGUCGGCCGUCGCCUGGGUUGGGGAGUCCGGAGGUGCUUACAACAGUGGGCAUCACCUUGUCACCGAUGCAUUUGUCUUCAGCUUCUGGUUCCUGGAUCAGCUGGGCAUGUCAGCGAAAUUCGACACCAAGAGCUACUGUAGGCAGAGCUUCAUCGGUGGCAACUAUGGCCUGCUGAACACAACCACAUUCCAGCCAAAUCCUGACUACUACAGUGCUCUGCUGUGGCAUCGCCUGAUGGGAACCAAGGUCCUGGAAGCGAGGUUCACCGGCACCAACAUGGUCCGCGCCUACGCGCACUGCGCAAAACAUGCCCCGGGGAUAACCCUGCUGCUCAUCAACCUGCACCGCAACGCGACCAACCACGUCACGGUGGCGAGCUCAGGUGGCGCGCACGCCGGAGCCGCGAGGAGGCACGGCCCACGGUUCGGGCAGGCGGCGGGGGCGGCGAGGGAGGAGUACCACCUCACGCCGGAGGGCGGCGACAUCCAGAGCCAGGUGAUGAUGCUGAACGGCAGGGCGCUGGUGACCGGCGCGGACGGGAGCAUCCCGAGGAUGGAGCCCGUCAAGGUGGACGCGGCGCGGCACGUCGCCGUGGCGCCGAGGUCCAUCGUGUUCGUCCACAUGCCGCACUUCCAUGCCCCCGCGUGUGGUUAGUUAGGGCUUUUGAUGUUCUUGUGUUGGUAUAGGUGGUGAUAAGGAUGGGCUUGCCAAGCAUGUGUCCAUCAUAAGAUGAUUAAGAAUUCAAGUCGGUGAGAAGUGUGUGGUGUUGUGUGAUUAGAUUGUAAGAGGAUGGAGGGGGGAUUUGAGAUAGUGAAAACAAGAGGCAGUGGGAAUAACUCUUUCCUGGUUUCUUUUGA